AUGGGUAGCUCGAAGCUCUUGAUCCUUGAUCCUUGUCAUGAGCUUUACCCAUUGCAUAUAUAUUUUUAUGGUAAUAUUUCGACCUCCGUUGUCGAAACUUCAAAAGGUUGGACGAUCACGCCAGACGAAGUACAAGUUUCGUAUGACGUUGUAAAUCUUUAUCCAUCAGUACCGGUGAAAGAAGCAAUAUAUGUAAUUAUAGAAAUUCUAGCUGCUGAUGAUGAAAAACGUAUGAGAACGAAAUUGACUCUGGAGGAUAUACGUUUACUAAUUGAAUUAUGCCUGUCUAAGUGUUACUUUAUAUGGGAAGAUAAAAUCUACCUUCUUCAAAACUCGGGUCCAAUUGGCCUAGCUCUUAUGGUUGUUGUUGCAGAGGCAUUUCUUCAAUAUCACGAAAGAAAUGCAAUUAGUGUUGCCCUCCAACGUAAUCCACCUGUUGCACUGAAAUCGUUUAAAAGAUAUGUUGACGACAGCCAUGCCAGGUUUAUAAAUCUUAAAGAAGCCAAAUCGUUUCAAAACAUUUUGAACGAACAAAAUGACAACAUAAAAUACACGAUGGAAAUUCAAGACAUGACAAAAUCACUCCAGUUCUUAGACCUAAACAUUCAAAAUUGUGAUAGAUGCUACAAAUUCAAGAUCCACAGAAAAAACGCUAUUACCAAUGUACAUGUGAAACCGCACUCUGGGCACGACCCUAAAAUCUUGAAGGUAGAACUAACAAAAAUCGAAAGUUGUUAUCGACAAAAACGAAACGAAAAGCAAGACAGCACAUACGGACAGCAGCAACAAGGUUUAAGGGUAGUAUCAUUGCCCUGGGUACCAGGAUUAAGUCCAAAAUUACGUAAGUCAUUUCGCAAAGCCGGCUAUAAAACUGUCAUUAAAAGCUCUGCUUAUCUUCAGACAAUAUUGACAUCGCAAAUGCGGCAAAAAAUAUGUCAGGGAGACGAAGUUGAGAAUUGUUCUUGUAAUGUUGGUUAUGAUUGGGACACUGCGAAAAUGCUAAAACAAGAAUUUAAUAAAUUUGAUCGUAAGGUACGCGAAGCAUUGGAAAUACAGUUCCAGGACACGUCACCGCGUAGUGAACAUGGCCUUAAUCUAGACGAUGGUCAGUAUGUGACGACGAAAUUCUGGAAGCCAAUGUUCGCGUACCUUAAACGGAAGUCGUUGCAGUGA